AUGCACCCCGAGUACCGCGACGACGAAGAAAACCUCGUCUCUGACAUACCCGCCCUGACUGACGAAGAGCCCGACAACGAUGCCGAAAGCCGCGACUUGCACGUCCGGUCCGCCUCGGAGACUUCCGCAACUGCGCUGCCGAUCCCCAUCUGGCUCCGAGAAGCCUCCCACUCGUUCAAGUACAAAUGGGUGCCGUUGCCUGUACGAAAGGCAUCUCGGGCAGUGUUCACUUGGGUGAAAGGACCAGUGCCUCCUCGAGUGCUAAAGAUUGAUCCUAUAUUCCCCAAGGUCCAACAAGCGCCGAUCAGGUUGCUGGACAAGUAUGCGCCUAAGAAGAAACACCGGUUCGUGUUACUGGUUGCCCUUUAUGCCUGCUGGUUCUUGACGUGGUCACUCAUGCUUAAACAGCAUGCCACGUCCGGGGCCAUCAAGGGAUAUGGCAAGCCUCGCAAUCUGUGGUGCGGCGCCAGUUUCUGGGAAGAUGGCAACGGGUGCGGGUUGAACGGAAACCAGUGUCGACCGUUUUCCUCAGCCCAUCUGGCCUUCCGCUGUCCGGCCAACUGCAAAGGCACGCAUCUUUUGGAAGAACGUUUUGUUGGGAAUCAAUCACUGCGGUAUGAGGGGCUGGUGGUCGGUGGGCCGGAUCCGGACGCUCCAGACUCCAUCCCCGUCUACCGCGGAGACAGUUUCAUCUGCCAGGCCGCGAUACAUGCUGGCGUCACCACUGACGCCAAUGGAGGUUGUGGUGUGGCUACGCUCGUGGGAUCGCACACCAACUUCAAAGCGACAAAAGCGCAUGGGAUCGAGAGCACCGCCUUCCCAGCCACGUUUCCUCGGUCGUUUACGUUCCAGCGCCUGGCGCCAUCGCAGGCAAAAUGCCCUACGGAUUCACGCUGGCCUCUGUUCGUUGUGACGGCGGUCGCGUUGGUUGUGUUGUCCAUCUUUACAACAUCUCCAGCUGUGUUCUUCUUCAGCACAUUCGUCAUCUUGUUCCUGCAUGUCGGUCUGGUCUCCGACCCACCCAACACGGCCAACAUCUACGAGGCCAUUAGCAAACUUUUGGAAAGGUUUCUACCAGCGGCAUUCAUUUCGUACAUCUUGUUCCGUACCUCGGCAAAGCCCUUGCUGCGAGGACUCACCGCGCAGAUCGAGAAGACGGUGCUGUAUCUUGGGUUCUGCUUCAUCGGAGCACUCAACAACUACACUUUUGCUCCCCUGAUACCCAUCGAGAGAUUGACGCCACAUGAUCUCGCACAGCCAGGAGCACCAUUCGCUCUGGCGAUCAUCAUCACUGUGGUUCUGGUGAUUAUCGGGACGCAAAUCCACUGGAUCCGCGUUUCAGGGAACAUGCCCAAAUACCUCGCCAUCUAUGCGGGCAUGGGGCUCGCUCUGAUCAUCUUGCUGGUUCUACCUGGAUUCCGGCUCCGGAUCCACCAUUAUAUUCUGGCCCUGGUGUUCAUCCCUGGCACGAGAUUCCAGAUCAGACCGAGUCUAAUGUAUCAAGGACUGUUGCUGGGGCUGUUCAUCAAUGGCGUUGCACGAUGGGGCUUCGCGUCCAUCAUCGAGACCCCUGCCGCGCUGGGCGAGGUUCCUUCGUCCGGAGGAGGGUCGUCGUGGUGGGGUGCGAAAUCUCCAAACGUGACGGCAGUGGUACACAGGACCUCCCUGAGAGCUGGAGCUGCUGUGAACGAUUUUGGGACGGCUUUUCUUUCUGAUCUGGACACGGUCGGCGACGUGGUUUCCAAUAUCACGUUCCGCUGGGGCCCACUGCCCCGCGACAAGGGUGUCGACGGCGUCAGCAUCCUGAUCAACGAUGUCGAGCGGUGGCGCGGAUACACGGAUGAAGAACUAUACUGGGACCAAGAACAGGUGACGCUGCCACGGAUACGACGUAAAGAGAGAGCAAGCGCGGCAACGGGUGAGCCCGAGUUUGAACCCGAGUCUGAACCCGAGUCUGAACUUGAAUUUGAGCCUGAGCCCGAGUUUUUCAGGUUCGCGUGGAUGAACGGCAACGCUGCCGGCAGAUACAGCAAAGUCGGCCUGUGGGACGAGAAGGGCGUUUGGCACGAUAUUCCUGCCUGA